CUGAAAACAGGUGCGACACUGACCGAUGGUUCAGCUGCAAAAGUUCUGGGAAUGUAAAAGUGAUUGCCAUACUACUACAGGCAGGACGUCAGGAAGGGAGAAUCGUUACAGUUAGAUGUCUGACUGAGACACAUUCAAAUGCAUGCAAGCGCAGGUGAACCAUCAUAUUGCUGACAUCUAGAGCAACAUUUUGAAGAAGAAGAAGAAUCUGGAAAAAAUAAAUAUCGUUGAAUCAUCAUUUCUUCAGGUCAUUGAUCAUCUUUGAGAGAUGUUUGAGAAACAGCCCUAUGAUAGUCCCCCUAUGUACACCCCUCCAACCAGUGGCUUUGGACCACCUGGAAGCUUCCAAGACCCACGGAGUGAGUUUGAUUCCUACCCUCCACCUCCAGGAUCAUACUACAUGGGCGAGGAGGUGCCACAGCAUUUCUACAAGUGGUUCUCUCCACCAGGAAUUGUGAAGAUUAUGGCAGGCACAGUAAUUGUUCUCUGUCUCGGAAUCUUUGCUUGCGUGGCCUCGACUCUGGUUUGGGACACGCAAUAUGGAAUAAGUUAUGGAAGUGGAUAUGUUUCUGGCUAUCCUGGGUAUGGAUAUGGAAGUGGUAGCUAUGGAUAUGGAGGUAACUAUGGAUAUGGAAGUGGUUAUGGAAGCUACUACAAUUCUUACCCAACACCUUACUCCGCAAAGACGAGCAUGAUCGCCAUUGCCGCCAUAAACUUUGUCGUCUCUUUGGGAUUCUUUGUAACCAGCUUCUCCAAAUCAAGCACGUUCCGCAGUAGAAAGUUCUACCUGGCAGUGCUUGUUGUUAGUUCUAUAAUGGCGGCAAUACAGGGCAUUAUAAACAUUGUCUACAUUGUAGGAGUGAACCCAAUGGCCCAAAGCUCCUCUAGUGCGUACUACAACCCCAUGAUCAUGAUGUGUCAGAAACUCUAUGGCAGCAGUGUGACUGGAAUGGGGCCAGGCUUUCCUGGGUACGACCAGUACUUGUACCACUACUGCUACGUGGACCCUCAGGAGGCAGUUGCAGUGGUUUGCGGCUUCAUGGUUGUGGUUGCACUGGUUGUGGCAGCCUUCUUCUCCUAUAAGACCAGAAGUACAAUCUGGCGCUAUGGGAAACCAAACAUCUACUGGGAUCAACCACUAAUGGCAGGAACAGAGGGCAGAGAUGUGGAGGACUGGGUCAACCAUGUACAGGAUGGACAGAGUGUGCAAGAAGCAUCCAUGGUAUUUUCAGAGAAGAUGGCUCCGGUUCUGGCUUCAGCCCCCAGUGUAGGUUCUCUCCCCCUAAAGACAGGCAGUGUCUUCAGUUCAGAAACCUACAACACCAAAAGUUACCCUGACCGCUCUUUCAGCCGCCCGUCUCACUCCACAUCCCCAUCUGGAGAAGUGAGCUCCAGCCCAUCCGACCAGACGGACACUGUCCGUAAACCCUCCGCCCACAGAGGCAAGAGAUGCAGGAAGAAUCCUGAGCUUGACGAGUCCCAGUACGAAACAGAGUACACGACGGGGGGAGAGACCACUUGCAAUUUUGACGAGGAUCUUUGGACACGUUUGUAUCCAGAGAUCACAUCUGAUGCCCAGCGACACGAGUAUAAGAAAGAGUUUGACUCAGAUCUCAGGGCCUACAAGGAGCUGUGUGCUGAAAUGGAUGACAUCAGUGAUCAGAUAAACAAGCUCAGCAGAGAGCUGGACACACUUGACGAAGGCACAUCUAAGUACCAGACCAUUGCAGAUGAAUAUAAUCGGCUGAAAGACUUAAAACGGAUGCCAGAUUAUCAAAACAAGAAGCUUCAAUGUCGCAAACUGCGCCACAAGCUUUUCCAUAUUAAAGGGAUUGUUAAGAGCUAUGACCAUGGUCAGUUAUAAUGAGCUCCAUUAAAGCACUACGCCUCCUCUCCCUCACUGUUUUUAAACACUUUUGCAUUUAACUGAGCAUGGGCGGCCAUGACGAAGCCUGCAAACAACUGUGUUAUCAAAGUUGCCUGAAUUCUAAACUGCUGUAACAGUGGCUUCACCAGGUGCUUAUGAUUAACCUGAGCUCUACAGAUGUUACCUUGGAAAUGAGGACCGGGGAUUAUUUACCAGCAUCCAUUUCAUGUGUCUUGCACUGGGAAGUCUUUGCAUUACCUGGAAAUUAUUCUAUUUCCUAAAAGUCAGGGACUUCCUACAGCCCGUAUAAUGCCAUAAAGCAUCAAUAUAAUGUCAUUCUGUUGUUUGUGUUUAAUAUGGGUGUGGUUGUGAGUGCUAACUUCAAGAGCAGCUGAUUGCACUGGUGCAUGUGUUUGUUGAAGGACGUGUACCGUGGACAAUCCUCUCUGAGUAAUUGCACCUGCAUUGACAACUGUGCAAUCGAUUUCCUUGUGUAUGUUUGUGAGUGUAUGUUAGUGUCAAAGUGUCAAAGGAGUAAUUGUUGAAGCACUGCUUUUUUCAAGUUAAAAACAAUAAAAGUUCUCCUUUCACAGGUGUGCCAUCAUAAAACAGUUCCCAGAAAUAACUGAGAUUAUUUGUGCAAAAUAUGACAAACAAACCUCUUUCUGUCACUCUGUUUUUUUUUCUCUCAUUUCAUUUUUAAACAACUAACUGCCUCAGUGAAAGAAUUUGUAUUUGAAAUCAAAAAGAGAAACUUGAAUUUCAUAUUUAGUUGUGAUCUUUUACAUUUUUGUUAUAAAAACAAAAAAACCAACUGUGCAUAUACAGUAGUCAAAUUUAUGCAACUACUUAUGCAAGGACUGUUAAUCUAGUUGUAAAUGUAUUGCAUUUGACACAGUAAUAUCUGCUUUCAUAUCUGAACUAAUCAACUACCUAUGCAAGAUGAAAUAUUGUCGCUGUUUUUUGUAUUAAAAUGUUAUGGAAAACAAUUUAUUAUUAUUAUUAUUAUUAUUAUUGUUUUAAUUGUUUUGUUUUUUUGUACAAAAUUUAUUACACGUUUAAAAGUGACCUUUAUUAGGCAUUUAUUUUCUGGUUUGUGAGUUAAUGCCUGUUUGUUUUUCUCACUUGCAUAACAGCAUUUGUGUUCAUCUGUACAUAUUUGUUGUCCUUUCUCUAUU